GACAAACUGGACAACAACAAUCUUAUACCGACAACAUUGGUAUUUGACAUAACACUUGUACUAUCGAAGAAAAACUGUUGAGACGAAAAAAACACUGACAAUGGCACCAAAUUUAAACUCAGAUGACUACUACCAAAUUCUUGGUGUUCCAAGAUCAGCGGCAGAUGCCGCAAUCAAGAAAGCAUACAAAAAACUCGCUGUAAAGGUACGUUCUUGACAUCAUGCUCUGUCGUUCUAUUACGUAAAUUUGAUACUGACUUCUACGGAGUCACAACAUUCGGAGAUGUGGUGUUCGAUUUUGGUUCUCGUUGUCUCACUUUGUUGGCCUUGCCUCCCUUUUCUACUUUACCAGUGGCACCCCGACAAAAAUCCAGGAGAUGAACAAGCAACGAAAAAUUUUCAAAAAAUCAGUGAGGCCUACGCCACGCUGUCGGACGAGAAAAAGAGAAAAAUAUACGAUACAUACGGAAAGGAGGCAGCAGACCAGUCGGAAAAUAUGCCCGACGGCCAUCCAAUGGGUGGAAUGGGUGGCUUCGGAGGUAUGCCCGGAGGCUUCAGUUUCGGUGGAGGAGGUCGUGGUGGACAUGGGAUGAGUUCUGACGAAGCGCAAUUUUUGUUCAGUCAAUUCUUUGGCGGCUCAGAUCCAUUCGGUGGAAUGGGAGGCAUGGGAGGACGUGGAGGACCCGGAGGCAUGCACAUUAACUUUGGAGGACAUCCUGGAAUGGGUGGAAGUUUUGGAGGCAUGGGAGGUAUGCCUGGAAUGGGAGGAUCUGGCUUCGGCAGCAGUUCAAGUCGACGUGAACCAAAACGAUACGAUGCGAUCCCAGUGGGAACAAAUGUUUCAUUAAAAGGACUUGUCAGCAAACCAGAGAAAAAUGGUGACCGCGGGGAAAUUAUGCAAUUUGAUCCAGCUACAGGUAGAUACUAUGUACAGAUUGAGGAUACAGGUGAAACUAUUGCAGUGAAGCCAUCGAACUUGUUGCAACACGUGCAUGUUAAAAUUCACGGUCUUGGGAGUAGGGUAGAGUUGAAUGGCCAAAAGGCCACAAUUCUGGCAUGGGAUGAAGGCAAAGAGCGAUACAAUGUUUAUAUCGCGAACAAUCCCACAACGAAAUGUAUUAGUUUGAGACCUACGAAUAUAGUGCUCGAAAACGGUACUGUCGGAAGGAUAACAGGCAUUCAAUCGAAACCGGAACUCAAUGGUAAAUGGGGAACUAUCAAAAGUUUCAAUGCUAGUACUGGAAGAUACGAUGUUCAAUUGUCAGAAAGCAAAUUCCUCGCUCUCAAAUUGGACAACAUCCGCCUUUAAUGAAUAAGUUGUUAUUUUAUAAGAAAGCUAAUUUUUGGAC